AUGCCCGGUGUCUCCGUUCGCGACGUCCAAGCGGACAAAUUCAUUGACGCCUACGCCGCCUUCCUCAAGCGUCAAGGCCGUCUCCCAAUCCCAGGUUGGAGCGAUACCGUCAAGACGAGCCAUGCCAAGGAGCUGCCGCCGCAGUCGAUUGACUGGUUCUACGUCCGCGCCGCCGCCAUCGCCCGCCACGUCUACAUGCGCAAGACCGUCGGCGUCGGCCGUCUGAGGAAAGUCCACGGCGGCACCAAGAACCGGGGCUUCCGCCCCUCACACCACGUCGACGCCUCCGGGUCCGUGGACAGGAAAGUCAUGCAGGCGCUCGAGAAGAUCGGUGUGCUGGAGCAGGACGAGGACAAGGGAGGCCGUCGCAUCACGCAGGCCGGACAGCGAGAUCUGGACCGGAUUGCGCAGACGACGAUUGAGGCGGAGGAUGAGGAGGAUGAGGAUGACGAGUAG